AAGAACUUCCUCUAAUUACCGAUAAACAAUUGAAGAAAUCAAAGAAUUGUUCAUUAAAUUCUCUAAUUCUUGGAAUUAUUUUUCCCUAAAUCAUGAUCCUGUCAAAUUACGUCGCCCAAUAGAAAGGUAGAUACGAUAACACCAAAGAAGAAGAACAAAUACCUCAAUUCCAAGAAUUCGAUAUAAAAUAAUAAACGAAAAAGAAAUUCUAUCAAGUAAAAAUAGAGAUGGAAAAUCAAAACAAUCGAAACAAAUACCAGGAGUUUCUGAAAAAACUGGAUGGAGUGACGAAUCGUCGACAGCCAGAAGAACUUUCGACAUCAACCCCAUCCCCAACGGUCUCAGACCUCUGGAGAACCCUCCAAGGAGGGACUGUGACCUCCUCGACCUUCGCCUGUCCUCACUGUCCUCACUGCAGCGCAGCCCUGACACCGCAGCUUCCCCAAAGUUCUCCAGACUCCCUCCUGACGUCCUUGAAUUCCCACCAGACAGAACUCCAGUUUCUGAACGCCAUCGUCUGGAUGACGUCGAUAAUGAGUGCUUUCCCAGUGGUACCGAUCUCCCAGAUGAAGAGAACCCUCAAGGCCCUUGUGGAGAUAGAGGAGAACCCCCCACCGAGGCUCUCAAUCCAGAAAAAAUCCUCAGUGAAAGGCCCGGGACUUGGUCCUGAAGGUGGACUAUCUUCCCCACGUCCGCCAGUUCUCUCGAUGACCCUGGAGGUGUCUCCAGGUCUUCGGAAGACCCGGGGAAAGAACACGUCGUCCUCUGGAGGAGAACAGCAACAGAGAGAUGAAGAGAUUCAAGCGAAAAAGAGGAAGCUGGAGGGACAGGACAGUGCUGUCGUCCUCGAGGGCUCCCCUGGCAGGACGUGGGUGUCUUGUUGUCCUGAGGAACUCCGGGAUAACGAGUGGACAUUGGUAAUCGCUGAGAGUGAUGGUGAGGACACUCAGAUGACACCAGAUAUCGAUUUCGAGUCUUUCUCUGGAAAUAGAACUGUCAAGGACAGUGGCAUCUGUGAAGAUGUUGGAAAGAUUCUUGAGGAAGUCCAGGAGGCUUGCGAGCUAGUGGAACAGGAACAGGAGGUGGAAGAGGAGGAGGAGGUAAUUUCCUCUCUGGAGUUUUCAGGAAUCCUCAGGGAAUUCCCCACUCACUCUGUUGCCAUCAGCAUCGUCAAGAGCACUCUGGAGGCUCUAGAAAAUGAAGAUACUGUUGAGUACUGCUGGAAGGAGAGGCCCAUCGUCGAGCAGGCGAUCAAGGUCAUCCUCAGAUUCAUCGAUAUCGUCGCUGUGGAGGAGUACAAAUGUCCCGGGUAUCUGGAUUUCUUCGUUAAAUUUGCAGUGCAGACUGUUGUGAACGUCAUCCAAGGGUUUGACGGCCUUGAAAUGGUGGACGUAAAAAGACAAGAACACUUGAUGACGAUUCUCGAGCUGUGCAAUUGUCGACUAAUUUGUGAAAAAGUCGUCUGGUAUCUCAUGGAAUCAUUAUCGAGUUUGUCAGAUGAGAAUUCAACACGCGAGGACCCCCUACUCAUGCUCUCGUGGCAGGAAAAAAGUUGUCUCUUAAUUGAAACCCUCACUGUAACACUGGAAAAGUACCUGAACAUCAUAAAAGUAAAUAACGUACAGCCACUGGAUUUUUUCCACAGAAACACGAGCAAUUCGACAAGAGAAUUAUUAAACGCUUGGUCAACUCACGUCGAUAAUUUCGUUGAGAAAAAUCUCCACACGUCUGUGGCAAAAGUAUCACUGGUGAAGAACAUCUUCCGAAAAUUCAGAACCAAACUCGAAUCAAAAUUAAUCUGAAUCUAAAUAAUGCAUCAAUCACAGGAUACAGCAGAAAUGGAAAAACCCACGUGAUGUACUGAUUAAGUUAAUUUAAUGUCAAUUAUUCUAUUACAUAAUGACGAAUGACUGUUGUCCGUUCACGUUGUUACAACCGAUUGUUGUAAUAAAUUGAUAAAUUUUCGUUAUUAUGAGUAAACGUUGAAUACCAGAGAAUUUCCUGGAUUCUUAUUUUUUGCAUUGGAAUAACAAAGAUUUUUUGAUCGAGAUAAGUCGUGAGUGAUUUAUCUCCAGGUUUUCUUUCUCAAUCAUGCG